CCCCAAAAAACACGUUCACUCUUGUUCUGCAAUUUCUGUGAAUCUUCCACGCUCCCUCCCGAAUCUGACUUUUCUUGACGCGAUUCUGCAAGAUUCCUAUUCUUCUGCAUUGCCAACUCCUUCUUCAAUUCUUCCUCCAAUCUACCGCUAUUAAUAUUACGAGUACGGAGUAUUUUCUGUGUUUUCCUCCAGGGAGAAAUUGAUCUGUGUCUUUAUAUCACACAGGAUUGUUGUUCCUUAUUCUUUAAGAAGCUUACUUCAAUCUGCCUCUGACUGAAUUCUGCAAGAAGAGAGAAAAUGUUUAGUUCAAAGAAAUCUCCUGUGAAGGUUGCUAAGCCUAGCUCUGUUGGUCCGGUGUAUCCUGUUAAAUCCGGGUCGAACCCAUUUGAUUCGGAUGAUGAGGGAAAUGAUAACAAAAAGUAUAAUUCCUCACGGAAGACCUCCUCAGAACGUGCACUUGCUACGCUAGAAGUUAACACCAAUCCUUUUGAUGACGUUGAUGAUACUAAGAAACCUUCAUCAUCUUUGUAUGCCGCUCCAUCCGCUGACAGGAACAGAUAUAGGAAUGAUUUUCGUGAAUCUGGUGGAGUAGAGAAUCAGUCGGUGCAGGAAUUGGAAAGUUAUGCUGUUUAUAAGGCUGAAGAGACUACAAAAUCAGUCAACAAUUGUUUGAAGAUAGCAGAGAACAUAAGAGAGGAUGCUACCAAGACUUUAGUCACUCUUCACCAACAGGGUGAGCAAAUUACCAGGAGUCACUAUGUUGCUGCUGACAUUGAUCAUGACUUAAGUCGGGGAGAAAAGCUUUUGGGAAGCCUUGGUGGCCUCUUCUCCAAAACUUGGAAGCCGAAGAAGACACGUGCAAUAAGAGGCCCUGUUAUUUUUGGAGAUAAUCCAGUUAGCAGACAGGCCAACCACUUGGAACAGAGAGAGAAGUUGGGAUUGACUUCUGCACCCAGAGGGCAAACUAAGAUGCGAACCCCACCUCACGAAUCAUCAACUGCACUUCAAAAAGUUGAGUUUGAAAAAGGGAAGCAAGAUGAUGCACUUUCGGAUUUAAGUGAUCUGUUGGGAGAGCUUAAAGACAUGGCCAUUGACAUGGGAUCCGAAAUUGAGAGGCACAAUAAAGCUCUGAGCCAUCUAGAUGAUGAUGUGGAAGAGUUGAAUUUCCGAGUGAAAGGUGCUAAUCAAAGAGGCCGUCGUUUGCUUGGAAAAUAAGAUUGAUUUCAACUUUCAUCAUUGUUAUAUGAUACUGUAAUUGAUUCAGUUCAUCAUCUUGGUUUAGACAAUGUUUUCAUAGUUAUGAUGUAGUUUACACUUACUGAAUUGGCAACAGAUUAAACUAGCCUUGUGCCCCUAUUCUUUACAA